AUGGGCGAGCUCGAGAUCGAAGUCCUCGAGCUCGCGACAGUCGAAUGCCGGCGGCGGUCGGGUACCGCGGUUGAGUAUCCGACGCGCCCCCCGCUUGCGCGCGGCGUCAGAUUUGGCGCGGCGGCGGCGUUCCGCCUCAUCCCCCGUAUCGGCCAUGGAGGUCGAAGGCUCGCCGGCGGCGACAAAUCAAGUGGCGUGGUGGGGAAUUGGGGGCAAACGCGGUUGCGGGGGGCAGAAAAUCUGCCGGCACCCGGAGACAGACAGGGUGCGAAAUAUACGCCCCCCGCGCGCGCGAGACUGUUAAAAUUCCGCUCCGCGGGUUUCUCACAGCCAUCCAUUCCCCACCCUACCUUAUCCAUUCUCCGCGAGUACCUUAUCCAAUCGUCCACCUUCCGCAGCGAGGCAUCGCCUCCCAGAUCUCGCUGCUUCUACACCCACACCGGCGCCGGUGCGCCGCAUCUCCCAAAUCCGUCCCUGGAUCGACCCGCCUCCUCCAGUAUUCUCUAUCCACCAUCCGAACCAAGAGCUGUUUCCGUCAUCUCCACUUCCCCAAGCCGCCCCUGUCGCUGGCGCUUCCACCGCGAUGUUCACGAUGACGGCCGGCUGAGGGAUCCGUCGGAGGUCAGCGGCGAGUUCGGAGGCGACCUCCGCAAACCGCCUGGCGAUUUCUCCUCCGUCCAGAGCACGCAGUCGACGCUGGCGCCGGCAAGUUUGUUCACCAUGGCGACCGCGCUGGCGGGCUGCGCCUGGCCUUCGGUGCCCUCUAAGCUCUACCCGCCUUUCACCUUGCGUUGCCUAUGGUGUGCCCCUGCCAUGUCAGUCUGAUCUUUGUAGAAAAAACCUUGCUGGGUCAUGGUGAAUGUUGCGAAAUGGAAUAGAAAGAAAAUUCUUGUGCUUGCACAGAGUGGAAGCGGAUGUGAUUGGGGGGUCACCGUCAAGAGAGUGCUUCCUUGGCUCGCUACCAAAGGAAAAUGGUGAGUUGCUACUUGAAACUAUCAUCUUUAUUCUUAUAUUUUUUAGCAAAGGCAAAAAUAUUCUAGGUUCUGCUCUUCAUUCAGAAUAUUCACAAGUAAAUGAUUUCCUUCCUAGUAUAUCUGACAUUUCAGCCACUAUCAUGGAAGUAAUAGAGCUGGUCAUUUGAUUAGGCUCACAAGUAGCUGGAUUUUUUUAUGUGAAGAUGCAUCAGUGCAUUUUAGGACUCGACGAGUUGUGUGGCCUCACGGAAAAUUGGCUUCCUCGUGUCGAUGUGCUGCUUGCUUUCUUCUUUGUAUUUGUUCAAGGUGAAGGUUUGGUGACUGAUAUGAUUGGGUACGUGCAUGCUAUCCUGGGACACCUCAAGGAUUAACUGUUGUUCAUAAAACAUGUUUGGUAUGUGUAUAACUGUAUAUGGUC